UCUUGGUUCAUUCAAUCUUUCUCCUUUUCUAUAUGCGAUGGACCCGUUACAGUCAGCUCAAUCGCAGCAGACAUCUGCUGCAACAGCGGCGGCGACAGAAACGAGGAUAGAGACAGGGACAGCUGUAAUAACAACAGUGCCGUUAGUACCGCCAAUACCAUCCAUAGUAGCACCGUCAAUAGGAGCAACACCAACAACCACCACAGCAGGGAUAUCUACCGGAACACAAUCAACCCUUUCUACAAUAUCAACGUCUAACGCUCCAUCCUCCUCUUCAUCCCCUGCUACCACUAUCAAUCGAAAAAGAUCUGCAAGUAGUCGUCACUCUGCUCUUGACUCAUCGGGACAUUCUAGCGGCAACAUUAGUAAUAAUAACCCUUAUGGGUUCAUUUCAUCCCAACAACAUCAGCAACAUCAUGCAUUGUCACCUCUUGCCAACAUUGACCUUGCACUUGAAGGGGUUGUCAAGAAUUUUAUGCGUUCAGAAAAAUAUGCUCGGAAGAUCAAAUAUAUCGUUAGAGCUACCUCUGUCCCUGGAAGACAAAACUAUAAGUUUGCACCGGCAACAUCAUUGACGCAGCAGGAGACCAGGUUUUGGAGAAAUAAUCUAAUACAGGACGAAAUAGCAUCCAACAAUCCUUUCUGGACUGCACGCUGGAUGAGAGUCUUUGGGAUUGCUCCCAAACUAGAUGACAGUCUGCUCAAAGUCCCAUGGAUCAAAUGUGAAAGACCCGGCUCGAAUGAGAGAGACUCAAGAUCAAAUGUACCGUUGCAUCGAAAAGAAACAUAUCUGGAUUUGCGUGAUGAUCAAAACAGAAACUGGGCAAUGGACAGUUUUGCUGCAGGAAUCGAAUUCGCGCAAAAGGGACAAUUGGACGACGCGAUUAAAGCUUACAGUCAAGCAAUCCAAAUUGAUGCCAAAUAUGUAGAGGCAUAUGUGGCACGUGGAUGCUCGCUAACACAUUUGAAAAAGUGGAGAGCUGCUAUCAUGGACUUUCGUGCUGCAUUGUCGCUUGAUCCAUCGAACGAUUCGGCUCGUCAGUACUUGGAAUCAACUAUAGCGCAGGAGGAGGAACAUCGUCUUAAUCAAACACAAGAAGGCAUUUCUCCUGCAAUAGACACGCCAUCGAAUAUUGAUACAUUCAACUCGAACGCAAACUUAGAUAAUAUUAACGAGAUCGUCCUUGACACAGAAGCUCUCACAAAUGUAGGAGGAGACAACAAGGGUAACACUAAUGAGCGGAAAAAGAAGAAGAAGAAGAAUAAGAGGAAGAGGAAUCGUCUUCGUGAUGAUCUAGAUCAUUAUGAUGGUAGCGAGCGUGCACGAGAUAUUCGGGAGCGUAAUAGAGCUCGAGGUCGGAGUAGAGACCGUGGUAGAGACAGGAGCAGGGAUAGAAGCAAAGACAGAAGUAGAGAUAGGGACAGGAGCAGAGACAGAGAUAGAGACAGAGACAGGAGCAGAGAUAGAGACAGGGACCGUGACAGAGAGAGAGAGAGAGAAAGGGAUAGGAAUGGCGAUAGAUACUCAUCCCGGCGUGACUCGCGCCAUGCUGGAUCCAGAUCUCGAUCACCACGAUCCAGAUCACAGUCUGUAUCAACAAAAUCCAGAUCACGUUCUCGUCGCCGAACUAGAUCUAGAAGUCCAGUGAGGAAUCGUGAUCGUCAUCAAUCAUCAUCUCAGCAAGGUAACAAUAACGGCAGAAAGCGCUCGAGAUCGCCAGCACGUUCGCGUUCACAGUCUCAUCCCCAUGCACAAUCCCCAUCGAAACGACAGGCACGUGGGUCUCACUACCGCCCUGACCAACGAUCACGAAGGGAUAGUAAGAGUAACAGGGAUAAUAAUAGGGACAACAAGGAUGGUAGAGGCGAUAAAAAUGAUGUCAUUGAAAAAGAGACUACGGAUAACAAAGAUAUCAGAGAUAACAGGAAUGGAAAUGAAAGUAAACGACCGAGAUCAAGAUCAAGGUCUGAAUCAAGGGAAAGACAAAGGUCCAGGUCAACUUUGAUGUCGAAGGGACAAUCCAAAGAAGCAGAAAAAGGUUUUGCCCAUAGUGAAAAUGAUUAUAGAAGUCAUGAUGAAUCAUUAGAAGCCAAGAUAGAGAAAGUAACCACUAAUGGCGGAGAAGAUGCACCUGUGGAGGGUAUAAAAGGAGUGCAGAAUCGGCCCGACAAUCAAAAAGAGCAUUCAAGCAGCGCAGAAUUCAAAGAUGACAGGGUUAUUUCUGAGUCAGUAGUCAUUACAGGUAUUACCCCUACCAAGCCCAAGGACACUAAUGACGAAAAGGAUAAUAAGGACAGAAAGACUAGUGGUUCAGAGAAGCUGCACUCUCCUUCCCAGAGCAAUAGUCGGAAAUUUCGUGAACGUGAUACGUAUAUUGGACGUGGGCGCCAUACCGAUCGCUCAGGUAGCCCAUCAUCAUCAGGCAAGAAUAAAUUUGACGAUAAUACGCCUAUUAAGAGUUUUAAGAGUCGUUCACGGAGCAAAAGUCAAACUAGAACAAGUGGAGGGGACACACAAAACCGAAAACGUAGUCGGUCGAGAUCAACUAGUCGGCGUCAACACGACAGAGAUAGGGCUCGUAGUCGUUCCAGUGAUCGCGAUAGAGGCAGAGAAACAAGUGCAAGCAAAACUAGGAUCAAUGACAGCCGUGCACGAAGUCGAUCUAAAAGUCUUAGCCAUAAUCUCAAUCUUUCAAGCCAAAGUAGUCAACCGAAGGGUAGCAAAGAUCAGCAUGAUGACGUGAGGGCACGUAGCCGUUCCAAUAGCCGCAGUAGAGCUCAAAACAGCAAUAAUGUCAACAAUACAGAUAAUGAGAAAGGAAGGAAUCGUAGUCGGUCUACCAGUCAUAACAGGCGAAGUAGGAACAGAGUACGUAGUAGGAGCAGAUCACCAUCCAAGAAUCGAGAUGGCACCUCUAACAACAGCAAUAGUAGCAAGGGCAAUAGUAACACUAACAACAACAAUAAUAACAACGGCCGUAGGGGCUCAGACCCUAAAGGUCAACAGCAGAAUCGAAAGAGAGCAGGUUCAAGAUCGCCUGUACGAUCAGGAGCAAGUGGCAAUGGAGGCGGAGGGGGUAAGGCUCGGCGAUCAGGUGGUGGAGGUGGCAGCAGUAAGCUGUCAGAGGCCAAUUCGAUUGAAGUCUCGGAGGACUUCAUGGAGCAGCGGAAACGUUUGCGCACGAGAAAAGGCAGUCAGUCUAGAUCUCGUUCACGAUAA